UCCCGGCCGGGCGCCCCCGUUCCGUCUGUGUUCAAUCCUCCAGCAGUGGACUACGUCAUUCUGCUGUUAGUCAUACACUAUCUUUUUUGGACCUGUUGACACAGGAAUCCAUAGUGUACACACCGUGGUAUUGUACUGUGCAGUUUUCGUAAUAUUUGCUAUUGCGAUUGCGCCGUGCGUUUAGUAUUUUGUUUGUGCGCUGAUUUUUCACGGUGAGCAAUCCGCGCAUCAUCAUCAUCAUCAUCAUUAUCCGCCGUCUUGGUUGCCGCACCGCGAAUUCAGCUCAGAUUUUGUGUUUGUAGUGUUCGCAGAACGCCUCCAGGUUUUUGAAUGAUCGCCGAUUUUUAUUUUCGACAGUGAAUUCACGGAGAAUAAUUAUUUUUAGUGAUUUUUCGGCGGUAGCAGGCUGUGCAGUUUCGUAUCGUUUUUUGGGAGUUUCUUCGCUGCUUCUGCGUAUGUGACAGCAUUUAAGUGUCAUUCACAAGUAAAGUUUUUAUUUUAGGACGUGUUAUUUACCGAUUUACCGAUCUCUCGCCGAUAUUUGCGUGUUGAGUCGAAAGUUUAACCACCAGGUCACGAAGCGACGUGCAGAAAAACCUUCAAAAGUCAUGACACAUUGAUGUCUCUGUAAACAGGCGCAAAGAAAAAGAAAAUAUUGUGUGUCAUUCGUCGAUUACCUAAGUGUGGAGUGUAUGCUGUCGAUUGUCAAAAUACGACAUUGUAGCAGCAGUGAUAGCAUUGUGUACUGCCAUCUAUUGUGCUGAGGUCAAAUCGUUUCAGCUCGCAGUCGCAGGUCGCUGGAACAUCAUCGGAUCGCGACCAUCUAAACUACACGUCGAAGAUUGUGCUUCAUGUUGCUGCAGGGGAAUAAUUCACUGUAGUUUACUUCUAGUGAAAGGUACUUUUCGUCGCUUAUCGCGUAUUACUUCAACUGGUAUGUGUGGUAGCAGCAAGAACGUCUGAGGCUGUUCAGCGCUCCGGAAACGUGAAGGAGCGCUUGCACUUGUUGCCACCCGGCAUCAUCGCCAAGCAGUAGUAGUAGUAGUAGUAGUCCGCGGUGCCGCCACUGCCAGCAAUCCUUGGGACACUCCCGCCCGUAAAGCCGCCAAAAUAGGUGCCAUGGGGAAGGACUACUACAAAACGCUAGGCAUACCGAAGGGGUCCACGGAUGAGGACAUCAAGAAGGCCUACCGGAAGCUAGCGCUCAAAUAUCACCCGGACAAAAACAAAAGCCCCGGCGCCGAGGAAAAGUUCAAGGAGGUGGCCGAGGCGUACGAAGUGCUGUCGGACAAAAAGAAACGGGAAAUGUACGACAAGUACGGCGAGGAAGGACUGAAAGGAAGAGCGUCAAAUGGCACAACAAAUUCAUCACAAAACUUCACAUAUGAAUUCCACGGUGAUCCUCGGGCGACUUUUGCGCAGUUUUUCGGUUCAAGCAACCCGUUUGCCUCCUUCUUCGAUAUGCACAAUGAUAGCCUUUUCAAUGACAGUCUCUUCAAUGAUGAUGAAUUUUUCACAUCGUUCGGUGGACUGGGGAACCGACACGGACUGGGAGGUGCAUUUAGGUCACACUCUUUCAACGUGCACUCGCCGCUUAAAAAGGAAAAAGUGCAAGAUCCUCCGAUCGAGCACGAUCUGUACGUGACGCUGGAGGAGAUCUACCAUGGCUGUGUUAAGAAGAUGAAAAUCUCCCGGAGGGUACUGCAGCCGGACGGUACCUCCAAGAAGGAGGACAAAUACGUCAGUAUAUCGGUCCGACCGGGCUGGAAGUCCGGCACAAAGGUCACCUUCCAGAAAGAGGGCGAUCAGACGAAAGGAAAGAUACCUGCCGACAUAGUUUUUAUAAUUCGCGACAAACCGCACAUCUGGUUCCGGCGGGAGGGUAGCGAUUUGCGGUACACGGCGAGGUUAACAUUAAAACAGGCUCUCUGCGGCGUGAUCUUCGAAGUGCCCACGAUGACGGGCGAGAAGCUACGCAUCAGUACAAAGCAGGAGAUUAUCAAACCGAACACGGUCAAGCGAAUCCAGGGUUACGGACUGCCAUUCCCGAAGGAACCGACGCGCAAAGGUGACCUCCUGGUGGCGUUCGACAUCAAGUUCCCCGACAAACUGACCCAGUCGGAGAAGGAACUACUGAACGAUAUGCUGCCGAAUUCCUAGUUCCCGCGCGAGCGAGGUCGUCUUCGCCAACGUUCACGGGGGUCACCACUGAUUAUUAUUUUUGUUCCGACUUUCCUGCUUAGUCUUGCGUUGAGGCCGGUUUAAAGGAGAAAAAAAAAGAAAAGUCUAAUAUACUCGUUUCCGUUGUCGUUUUUCGUCACACUGUCGCUGCUGUUAUUUUUUCUUUGUAAAAAGCAUUUCAAUUGUUUUCUGUGUUUAUUAUUUAUCAGAUCGAAAUCAGCGCAUUUUUUUGUAUCAAUUCACAUGUAAAUAUUAACAACCCAAUACGAUUUAAUUUGAGGCAGUUGGCACGUGGACACGCGUCCGGUGUUAUGUUUUAUUUGUGUUAAUUUAAAUUAUCAUCUGCAUUUGAGGUUAAACGCUUCUGUUCGGCCUAAGGCUUUUUCGCACUUCCGGUUGCUGCUGUAAGGGCAGCAGCCAAUGAAUAAUGAUGUCUCAACCCUCUAGCUAAACCACAUCCGGGCAUACUCAACACUAGGAAUAAAGUAUCAAUAUGUAUAACAAUGCUGAUGAUUAUAAUGAAUAUUAUAAUUUAAUUCAA